AUGGUCAGCUUGCCCAGUGGCGUCUCUCCUCUCGACUGGCACGAGUUCGACGCUGGCUGUGGACAGGCAGAUGCUGCAACGACCCCUAACAGCCGCACCCGCUUCCAGUCUCCUUCUACCGCCGGUCUCAUCACUGUUCAUGCGGUCCAGAAUCAACUGCCGACGUCCUCGGGCGGCAAGGGAUUCACUCGGCUGGAGAACCUUGACGAGCACCUUCGACGAGUCCAUCCUAGCAGUCCGGACAGCGUUGCGGCCCUCAAUGACGAGGAGGCCCAAGUUGAGACCCUCGCCGUCGGUGCGACCCCGCAUGUGGGCGACAAGCGCAAGGCGGAUGGCCAGGGUCUCCGUGACGAGGUCAAGCGCCUCCAGCUCGAGAACGGCGGCCUGCGAGACCAGGUUGAUACCAUGAUGAGAAACAUGCAACACCUUCAGCAGGAAGUCAAUUUCUUUUGGGGCCCCGCCCAGCUGAGUUUCUCACGCGGAUCCAUGCCAUUGCGGUUUUCCAGGCCUCCUGGGAACAACCUGGCAACCCGUGAUGCCCGGAAGAACUUGGAUGGAGAACCUAUGGAUCUUGACAGCCCCGAAGUCGUGGUCAUUGAUGAUGAUGACGACGAGGACGUCAAACCCAUGGUCAAGAAGGAAGAGGUCAAGCCCGCCAAGGACGAUCAGGAUGACGAUCUCAUCUUUGUGAGAGAAAACCAGUCUGCCAUCCCCCAACGCUCAUGA